UUACAUUUUCUGAUACACGUUAAUGUAUGUCAUUGUAUGUUUAACUGUGGUGAAAGAACUAAAAGAUUUUUUUUUGCCAAAAAUGAUACAGUUAAAAACAUACAAUCACUGAAAUAUUGUUUUUAUUAAAACAAAAAUCCUGCUUCAUAUACAGCAAUUGAAAAGAAUCAUUGAAAAAUUAAUCUUCACAUACAUGUAACGGUACCUGUCCUUGUAUGUCUAAUUGUUGUGAAAGUAACAUGAGAUCUUCAGAAAUAUAAGUGCAUGUUUAAUUAUAUGAAAAGGAAAAAAGUAUUAAAGAUUUGUUUAAUAGUGUCUACAUGUGAAUGUCAUCUAAUUAAGGGCACUUUAUCUUUAUUUCACUUUUAACAGCAUGAACUUGCACUUUUUUUAUCAUCUUGAAAAUUUAAAAUACAUGCAGAAAUUAAGAGGAGCAUAUUCAUUAUAGAUCUGUAUCUUUCUGUACACUUGAAUGAUAUUGUAAUUCACUUGUAAUGUGUUGUUCUGAUUGAAUUAAGUACAUGUUUAUUUUUAGCAUGUCUUUGUUGCUCUUUAAUCAUUAGUCAAAGAAGGUUCAAUUCAUCCCAAUUUACACUUAUUGGCUUAAACAAUGCAUGAUGAUUUUCAGAAAAUCAAUAGUGAAUUGUAUUACUUUUGAACUCACAGAAAACUAAAAUACAUGUAAUUUAAACAAAUAAUGUUAUUAAAGGCUAAAGAAGAUCAUGUUUAUAUGUUUGUGAACAUAAUAGAAGAAAGGAAUACAUUUGAGAUCUCUGAAUGAUUAGCAUAUAGACUUAUGAAUUUACCAAGAAUAAAAGUUAAAACUAGCAAUAUGAUAAAUAUCUAGUGUUAUAAGAGAAUCUCAAAGGGUUCUCCUCUUCCUGUCUGAUAAACAAGUUACCAGGUUAAUAGGGCUUAGAUUUACGUAACAAAUACAUAAAGUUAUAAAAAUUACACAAUGAGCAUGAUCCAUAAAUGAAUAUUAAUUACCUGUAAAUGUAAUUCAAAUACAUAAAGUUAAAAAAUAAUUAAUUUACACAAUGAGCAUGAUCCAUAAAUGAAUAUUAAUUAGAUGUAAUUCUACAGGUUAGACUUAGAAUUAUAAUGUUAUUAAUAAUUCUUUUAAAAAAAUUAUAUACUGCAUGUGUAGGACAAAAUAAAUAAAUAAUGAAAACAGGGAUACUUAUAUAGUGCUUCUGGCUAAGAUAAAAGACAGUUUAAAAAAACAAGUUAAAAAAAAAAGUAUAUAGGAUUCCAAUAAAUAAAUUGAAUAAAAAAAUUCAUAAACACUGUAGAUAGUGUUAGCUCUUUGCAUGGACAUGAUUACAAGCAUGCAAUACCUAGAAUGCACUACCCGUGUGUGUGUGCAUGAGCCCGCCGUUGCAUCAACUGUUCAUCACCCCCUCACAUCUGUCGUGGACUUAACAUCACCCAGCGUGCCGUAUUCCUACUAGCAUGUGUAAGUACCAAGUUUUUAUCCUAUCGUAAUGUUAGCUAAUCCGACAUAUUUGUGGUUCUGAAUAGGAGAAGCAUGUAUUAUCAAUGGAAUGACAGUUUCUUUUAUGGAUUAGCCUGAGGUUUGCUUAUUGUAAGUAAUCAUACUUAUUCAAUCCAUUUGGAUUAACCCUUUAUUAGUGUAUUGAAUUUUUUGGGGAAGAAAGUCUGGACAAAUUUCAAAAUUUAAUUAUCUUUUUUUUUCUUAUACAACUUUGCAAAAGAUCCCAAUAGACCUUUUUUCUGAAUUAAUUAAAAUCUUCCUUUUUAGUCUACUCAUUCCUAUCAUAGAAUAUAUAUGUACAUUAGAGAGCAGAUUCUUCAUGGAUUUUUUUGAAAAAUACCUUUUUACCCCCCAAAAAGAAGAAUCCAACAACAUUAAACAUCUUGAUAAUGAAGAAGUGACACUUAUGACAGUUUAUUUCUUCUUUUUGAUCACCAUUUACAGUUUUGGUGGUAUUACAGAUAUGUCAUUCCAUUGAUAAUAGAUAGAAGUUUUGUCACUUUAUCUUUGAAUGUACAUGUUUGUGUUUUAUUUUCUUAAAACUAUCCAGGCUUCUGUUUUCUAUCAAAAUAUGUUAUGGUAUAAAAUAACAAUUACUCAAAUUCAUAUUUGAAGAUCAUUGUUUUAUCUAACUGCUAAGAAAGCAUGUAUAUGCUUUUCAGUAAACAACCAGGGGACCUAUGGCUUUAAGUACUCUCCUCUAUUUGAUUGCUUAAUGUUUGCAAGUCUUCCCCAGACAGAACUAAAUCUAUAUCAACAAAAAAUGAAGAAAAAAGGAGCAUAAUGCUAAAUACUGAUUUUUCACAAUUCAUCUCUACAAUAUUACCCCACUUACUGUUCUUGGAAUAUUACAUGUUCAGUUAAAUUCACUUUAAGACCAGCCUGGAUAGGGUUAAAUGUCAAAACUAAUCUAAAUGUUCAUGAAGUAGCAGUAGGCUAAUGUUUCUUGAAUUUGUAAUUUUCAGAGAUAAUCACAAAUAAUGAAUUCAGUGAAGCUAGUCACUGUGUAGGAUCCUCAAAUGCAUUACACAUUAGAUCUAAGGGAAAUGUGUGAUCUAGCACACUACUAGCACGUCAGGUAAACAUGAACAAAAUUUGAUGAUUUUUGAGGUGUGAAACCCAUGUGCGAUAUUAUUUGAUGAACAAAAUGUUUUACAUAAAUGAGAGUAAAAGCACCAUUUAACAUUUUGAAAAUACACUUCUUACAGUCAGUUGAAAAGUGAUGGAAAUGAAGGUUUUGUGGAUGGUGAUGAUGGUAUUGAAGUUAUUUUGCACCUUUAGUUUUGGUGAUAUUUUUACAACGCAAUGAUAAUGAUUUGUUAUACUCUUUUUUUCAAACUGGACAUUCAGUGUUGCAUAUAAAAUGUAUAUAUCACAACCACUUUCAAGAUUAUGCCAAGUGUGAAAUUGUACCUAUCAGCUAAUUGAAUAGAACAAUUUUUAUGUUUUGUUCUACAAAAAGUUAGAUUUAUAUAUUUUGUGAUCAAUAAUGAAAACUUGAGUGAUACAUGAGUGUUACAGUAGAAAUAGAUUUACAUAAAGAGCUCCAAUUUACAUAAAAGUAAAUAAGUAUAUGUAAUUUGAAGUCACUAUCACAAAGAUGAACAGCAUUUUGAAAAUUCUAAUUCAUUCUCAUUGUUCCAUCCUUAUUUUAUGUGAACCAUGUUUUAUGACAUAACAGUUGAUAUAGAUGCUCCAGCUGGAAACCUUCUUAGCUUCAGUGAGUCCUACGGGGCUGAUGUCAGUGCCAGUGUUGAUCCAGGUAUGGACUCUGAUACCGAUAUUGAUCUGGAUGACAUCCUACCCUACGAUGAGAUGCUGGUUCUUCCAAGGAAGAAGAAGCGCGCCAGGAAGGAGAGUGAAGAUGAAGAGGGGCAUCCAUUUGCCCAGCAUACAGAUGACAGCCAAGAGAAAGCAGCAGAUAAGGUACCUACCUUGACCAAAACGCAAGCCAAGACCAAACUGUCGUCCAAGAUUGAAGCUUUGCAGAGGACCGAAGGACGUGUCCAAAAGGACUUGUCACCUACCCGCCCCAUGCGAAAGGAACCCUCACCAACAAGACGGCCAAUGCAGAAGGAUUUCUCUCCUACCAGGCGGCCUGCACCAAUUGAUGCUAGUGUACAACCUCAACCAAUGCUGCAUGUAGAUCAUCCAGAGGUUGCAGACCUCGGAACACCUCCUGUUGUGUACAUGCCACCCCACACCCAGGGACAGGUGGCACCACCAAAGCAGCAUGUGACACCUUCGACCAUGGCAUCUAAACCAUCAAUGGUGCCUACACCAUCAAUGACACCUACACCAUACAUGGGUCCUAAACCAUACACUGCUCCUUCUGCACCUGGCAAACCUGGAGGACCAGCACCAGGUACUCCAUCCAGACCAGUUGGAGCACCCAAACCAUCGCCGGGAGCACCACCAUCAAAACCAGUGUCAUCAGACAUCAAACCACAGGUAUCCCAGUCAACUAAGGCGGUACCUGUUCACACCAAACAGUUUACAAUUAUGCCACCUCCACUCGAGGAUCGGAAACCACCAAACUUCCUCAAGUUCAUCAACCACUGCAGGGUAAGGCCUGGAGAGGAAGGUUGCUUCGAAGCACAAGUUUCCGGUAAACCUAUGCCGUCCAUUAAAUGGUUCAGGAAUGGACAAGAAUUGAUACCUUCGAUCAUUUGCAAGGUGGACAAUAAACCUGAUGGGACUACUACGCUGACGUUUCCAAAGGUGCUAGCAGACUACUCAAGUAAAAUCACAUGUAAGAUUGAGAAUGCAGCUGGACUGGCUUCCUGCACUGCAAAACUGAUUGUUGAAGAUGAGGAGCAGCGCAUAGUCCGUGAGACCAAGCAGGCUCGCUUCAUCCACUCCACUCUCUCUGUGGCUCCUGGAGAGGACAUCUACUACUCAGACCUUGACAUCCAGACGAUACCACCUCCAACCUUCAGGAUGGGAGCUGCUCCAGCUCCUGCUGCAACCAAGCCUAAGCCUAAGCCUGCGGAAGUUCAACCUCAACUCCGUCCAAAGCCCGCUCAGCCUCCGUCCUUCCAGUCAUUUGUGAGCAGUCAGGAGGUCAAUGAAGGGGGUACUGCCCGUUUUGAGUGCCAUGUCAGCGGCAAUCCCAGACCAACAGUCAGAUGGUUCAAGAGUGGUAGGGAGCUGAGGCAGGAUAGUCGCAUCACCAUCAGGAUCACAGAAGAUGGCAUCUGUGUCAUGGAGAUUUCAUCCCUCUAUCCAGAGGACUCUGGAGAGUAUGUUGUCAAGGCAACCAACCAGGCAGGAGAGGCGACUUCCAUUGCCCACCUAACUGUUAGCCCAUCCUCUUACCGAUACCAGAGGGAUGUGACCACCUCCCAGAGAGAUGUGACCACCUCCCAGAGAGAUGUGACCAAUUCCCAGCAGGACCUGCAAAUCCACAUCAACGUUGACCAUGAUGGGGUGACCAGCUCACAGCCUGGUGGUGUCCAUGUGACAGCUCCGGGUGUUUACGUCACCAGGAAUGGUCAGAUGACCACUCAGGGUUUGGAGUACAGUCAAGGUUAGGUUCAUUCUUGUGUCCUAAGAUAUAUUCGAGAUAAAAUUUAAAAAAAGGAAGAUUAGUUAUUUAGCAUUAUGCUGAAGUCUGUUUAUUGGAAGGGAUGGAAACCAGGAGGCUAUUUUCCUUCAAUAUUUUUAUGUUUCCAUUUUGAUUUUCUUGGGUUUCCUGCAGAAUACCCCACCAUGCAUCUGUACCAUGUAUGAGGGUAAGGAUUAGUGUUAUAAUUAGGAUAAUAGUUACAGUCAGGGUCAGGGUUAGGGUUUGAAUUAAAAUUAGUGUUAGGAGUGGAUGGGAAUCUUACACAGUUAUCUCCUAUUUUUAUGAUUAUAAAU